CCUCGGGGAUUGGACCAAAGUUAGGUCAGUGCAACUUUCAAGUCAGUUGCAAACUCCGCCUCGGGGCCCGACGGAGCGGUAGCAGCGGUGGCAGCUACCACAGCGACGGCGGCGGCGGUGGCUGCGCGGCCGAGGCAGAGCAGUCGCGGAGUUGUGGGGCGCCCGGAGCAGAGCUGCGAGGGAGCGACCAAGUCGAGCAACCCGCUUCUGAGUCCCCACCAUCUUCUUGCUUUGUCCCCCGCCAUUCCCCAGCCGGCGAGGGGCAGCGGCCGAGUGCCCGCCACCUAGGUCUUCCGGGGCACCCCUUUCCCACCCCAGGCACCUCCAUCCCUCUUCGGAGCCUCUUCCCCUGCCUCGAUUAUCUCCGGGCACCGCAACCCCUUCCCCCCAACUCCCCGCAGCUGGCAGGAUGGUGUCCUGGGUGAUCUCCCGAUUGGUGGUGCUGGUGUUUGGAAUGCUGUACCCUGCCUACGCCUCCUAUAAGGCUGUGAAGACUAAGAAUAUCAGGGAAUAUGUCCGAUGGAUGAUGUACUGGAUUGUCUUCGCCUUCUUCAUGACAGUAGAGACUUUCACAGACAUCUUCAUUUCCUGGUUCCCUUUCUAUUAUGAGAUCAAGAUAGCAUUUGUGGUGUGGCUUCUCUCCCCUUAUACCAAGGGCGCCAGCCUACUUUACAGGAAGUUUGUCCAUCCAGCCCUUUCCUACCGGGAGAAGGAAAUUGACUCCUACAUCGUGAAGGCAAAGGAGCGGAGCUAUGAGACCGUGCUGAGCUUUGGGAAGCGGGGUCUGAACAUCGCCGCCACUGCCGCAGUGCAGGCAGCUGCCAAGAGUCAGGGCGCCUUGGCCGGCAGGCUUCGGAGCUUCUCCAUGCAGGACCUGCGCUCCAUCCCUGACAAUCCUGCCCCGCCCUACCAGGAUCCUCUCUACCUGGAGGACCAGGAACUGCACCGGAGACCACCUAUCAGGUACCGCCCUGGGGGCCUGCAGGACAGUGACACGGAAGACGAGUGCUGGUCAGACUCUCAGACCAAGGCCCACACCCUUCCCCGCCCCCGGGAGAAGCCCCUGGUCCGGAGCCAGAGCCUACGGAUUGGCAAGAGGAAGCCGCUGGUGCGAGAGAGCACCUCACGCUCCAUGAAGGUUCGAACUCGGAAGAAGGCAGUGGCCCCGGUGGAGCUGGACAGCUAGUGCCCGCCGUCGCCCAUUCGCUCUACCUCCAGCCGCCUUGCCCCUUCUAACACCCCAUCCUCCAGGAGAGGGCGUGGGGGGGGACCUUGGAGAAGGCAGAAAUGCCUCCUUUUUGUCGUGGUUUUCAUCUGUUGCCACACGAUCUCGCCUUGUCCCGGUGCCCUCGCCCUCGGCGACAUUCCCCAUCAGAGGGCCCAGGGAGUACCGCAGGGGUCCUAGCCCCCUCCCCUGCCAGCCUGCUCCGGGGGUGGGGUGGGAUUAAGGGUUCUUAGUUCAGGUUGCUAAAGGUGUCACCCGGUUGCCAAUGUCCAAGUUCUGUAUUUUCAGUAUACCAAAGCAGUCCCUCCUUUGUGCCUUGACUCCAGGGUUAUUUAUUGCCCGUCUUUUUUCUGCCAUCGUCUUGCACCUCCGGCCCCUUCGUGGCUAGGGGAUCUGGGAGCCUCGAUUGUCCUUCUCUAACUCUUUUCCCCUCUGUCCCAGGCCCGCCUUGGAUCAUUCCAUCCCCCUCCCACGUGACUUGACAGGCCUCUUCUGGGGGGUCAUUGUGUGUGUGUGUGUCGGUGUAAAUAUGUGUCUGUGCGUACGGGUGUGUGGCCAGGUUUGAAUUGGUUUUGAUAAAUAAAUCCAUGAAUUUUC